GGAGUUGCAGAGAGCCGGGUCAUGUUGGAGAGCAGUGCCUGGUAAUGGAGAUGGGGGCCUUGAUCCAGAUCCCCAACACCCCACAGACCACCCCCGAGCAAGCAGGGACGUACCAAAUACCCGUUUCUACUUCCUGUGAUAUAAUCACACCAUGCCUGAGGGGGCGGGCUACGACAGCCAGAAAAAAAACAGCAACCAAGUUGCCAAGCGCCCCUCCUCUGUGUCUUCACUGAGUGGGAUCGUUAGCCGCAUGGCCUCUUCAGGGGGUGCGUCCCGCGGGAGCUGCACCUCUGUAAACACAGUGUGCUCCGACAGUGACCGCGGUGCCAGUCUCAGCUCCUCUGCCUCCUCUGCCUCGCUGCAGGAUGGACACUCUUCAUCCUCCUCCUCAUCACUCCCUUACGGAGCCGUGCCGGCCUACCCCAGGCCACAGCGGAAUGGUUCUGACAUUAGCCUGGAUCUCACCCCUCUCUCCCUGCUCUUGGGAGCUGGGCCCGCCUCCACAACACCACUGCCCAAACUCUCUCGCCUGGAGAGGGUGGCGCUGGAGAUAGUGGAGACUGAGCAGGCCUAUGUGAGGGACCUGAAGAGCAUUGUGGAGGACUAUCUGGGCUGCAUUAUUGACUGUGGCGACUUGCCUCUCAAACCCGAGGAAGUCAGCACGCUCUUCUGCAACAUCGAGGACAUCUACGAGUUUAACAGUGAGCUUUUGGAAGAUCUGGAACGAAGUCCACAUGCGGCCGCCAUAGCUGAGUGCUUUGUGGAGAGGAGUGAAGCUUUUGACAUUUACACCAUAUACUGCAUGAAUUACCCCAACUCUGUCGCCGUCCUGCGGGACUGCAUGAAGAAUGAGAGCUUGGUGCGCUUCUUCCAGGAGAGGCAGGCCACCCUGUGCCACUCAUUGCCCCUGGAGACCUACCUACUUAAACCUGUGCAAAGGAUUCUUAAAUACCACCUCCUUCUGCAGGAGCUGUCCAAACACUUUGAUAAAAGUGAUCCAGGGUAUGAGGUGGUGGAGGAUGCCAUUAUCACUAUGACAGCAGUUGCCUGGUACAUUAAUGAUAUGAAGAGGAAACAAGAGCAUGCGGUCAGGCUGCAGGAAAUUGAGAGCCUGUUGCUGAACUGGACUGGUCCUGAUCUGAAUGGUUUUGGAGAGCUGGUUCUUGAAGGUUCCUUCCGGGUUCAGCGUGUAAAAAAGGAAAGAGCAUUCUUUCUUUUUGACAAAAUGCUGCUCAUUUCCAAAAAGAGGCUGGAUCAUUUCAUAUACAGCACUCACAUCUUUUGCUGUAAUCUGCUCCUAGUGGAAAACAUGAAGGAUCCUCUCUGUUUUAAAGUGUCAGACCAGACAAUCCCAAAACAGCAACACAUUGUUCAGGCUAAAAACCAGGAGGAGAAACGGUUGUGGCUACACUACCUCAAGAGGAUGAUAGUGGAGAACCAUCCGGCAUCCUUACCCCAAAAAGCAAGGCAGGUUCUUGGUGACAGCUUCUGUCAGUCCCCACAGUUUGAUCAAGAGCCAAUAAGGAAGCCAAUGCCUUCUCCACGACUGGAUGAUGUUCAUAACUACCACAGAGGAAGAAGGCAAUCAGAACCACCAGAGUUCAUUUACACACCCGAGAAAGCCAGAAAAAGCCUUCCUCUCCUCCUAGAGGGUAAUCUCUCAUACAAGCGUGGUAGGAGGCAGUCUGCCCCUGCCAAAGAUAUAGAAGCUGCAUUUAAGCAAAGUGUUUCGUUAAAGGUGUGA